AUGUCCCCAUUGACUGCUUUGGCAUCAGUUGCCCUGCUAGGAACACGAGUCAAUGCUGACUUUAUCCCAACUGUGCUGGGAACACCGCGAGUUCUCGGUAACGUAUCCGACCCUACGAUUGACCGUGAUUCAUGCGGUUCUGAUCGAUUCGGCGAUCGGGCCUUGUGGACAUGUCGAGACUCACAACCCUUCUCAAAAGGUGUCCCUGUGCUUCCAAUCUAUUCAAGCUCAUCAUCAUGGACAGAUUUCGCCUCUGACAGCACACCACUUAUCCAAACUUGGACAGAUGCCGCUGGAAAUACCGAAACUGGUCUUUUAUGUUCUGGUAAGAAUAACGAAAAGCCUUUCUUCCCCUACCCAUCGGAUGAAUGUAGCUCAAAUACGGCUGGCGCCUGUGACGACGGCACUCGCUAUGUGCUCUGGCCUAAUAGUCCACCGUUAGUGACAAACGAGGAUACAAGCACUGGUGCGAUAACGGCCUAUACAUGGAUUUCCGAAGAUCACAUUAAUGGUAGUCUUACUUUACUCAACCCGGGUCCCGGCACGAUUCUCUACGAAAUCAAGUCUGAUCCGCAUAUGAAUGGAGAUUCAACAGGUCUUCCGACUGUGACUACCAUCCAGGAGAACUUCUGGACAGCGGAUGAAAUGCCCUAUGGUGUUUACGGUGAAGUUGUCGUCAAUGAUGUUGCAUACCUUUAUGGCCAGAAUGCCGUACGUACGGUUGGCCUUGCUAAAGUAUCUGCUGGAUCUGUCGCUGAUAAAUCCGCCUAUCAAUACUAUGUGGACGGCGUCGACGGCACUGGUGUUAGUAUCACGAACGCUGGUGCAGGUGGACAGGGUACAUUCUACUACUCUACUGUCUGGAACCUGUACGUUUGGAUCGGACAGGCAGGUAUUAGUGUCGCGCCGGACUUUUAUAUUACUACAGCGCCAGCUCUAGAGGGCCCCUGGGUUAGGCCUAUUAAUUUCUACUCGGCCGAUUACAUUAAUUGGUCUUAUACAUUGCAGGCACACCCUGGCCUGUUGGCGAACUCAUCGGAGAAUGCGAUCUAUCUGACGUACACUAUCAAUGAUUCGGGAUAUUAUUGGACUCCUUUGGUUUAUGUGCAAUGGGAGUCAUGA